CAAAACGAAGAGGAAGAACAUCAUUAAUAACAACUAUAUGCACAGCUCGUUUCUCAUCAGGCGGAUAAAUACUUCCAACUUACACCCUAAUUGCACUUCCUCUACAUUCGGACUGUGAUCAGUAUCAGUACGCUGUACUGUUUAUAUAGUGUCUUUUAUAUUCAUUUUUGGAACAGUAUUUUCGCAUCCGCCGCUGUGUGUUGACGUCUGGUUUUUUGUUUUAGUAUUUUUAGUCACGCUAGUUCAACUUGCUGGCUGUAACAUUUGCUGACACAGCAAACCUGAGAUGAGCUGAAGACAGUAGGAAGGAGCUCUUCACUGCAGACUUUGUCAGGUGAGGAGAGUUGAGAGGCUUUAGCUGAAAUUCAGAGGUAUCAUGGAGGACGACUGCAGGCCUCUGCUGAGCUCCGAGCAGACUGGAGAGAGCUACUCACACAGAGGCUCCACAGACUCACUGGACUUCAAGGCUAAACGGCCUUUCUACGUCGAGCCCAGGAAUAUCGUAGAUGACGGCCCGCAGGAGAGAGUCUCUGCUGAGGCUGCCAUCCUCAACAGCAGAGUCCAUUACUACAGCAGACUGACAGCCUCUUCUGACAGACUGCUGAGUCCUCCAAACCACGUGAUCCCUCGCACCGAGGAGAUCUACAUCUACAGUCCACUGGGGACCGCUUUCAAGGUGACAGGCAGCGACCACUCCUCUAAAAACCCCAGUAUCAUCACCAUAUUUGCUAUAUGGAACACAAUGAUGGGCACAUCUAUACUCAGCAUACCUUGGGGUAUAAAGCAGGCUGGUUUCACUCUGGGGAUCUUCAUCCUCAUCUUCACGGGCCUGCUGAUGCUCUACUGCUGUUACAUCGUCCUCAAAUCACCAAAGUCAAUACCCUACGUGGACACAUCCGACUGGGAGUUCCCUGAUGUUUGUCGGCACUACUUUGGAAAGUUUGGCCAGUGGUCCAGCUUGAUCUUCUCUAUGGUGUCACUUAUUGGAGCCAUGGUGGUUUACUGGGUCCUCAUGUCCAAUUUCCUGUACAACACCGGACAGUUUAUCUACAACUAUGCUCACAACGUCAACGUGUCAGAUUCAGAGUUUGGGACCAAUGGCUCAGAUAGAGUCAUCUGUCCAUACGCAAAGACUGACCCUGGAGAGAACCACACCAUCAGCACACUUUACUUCAGUAACAGUGGAAAUGAUACUGUUCUCAGCUCUUUCGAACACUGGUGGAGCAAAACCAACACCGUCCCCCUCUACCUCAUCGUCCUGCUGCCGCUGCUCUGCUUCCGCUCAGCCUCCUUCUUCGCAAGGUUCACCUUCUUAGGCACCAUAUCCGUGAUCUACCUGAUUGUGCUGGUCACUAUUAAAGCUGUCCGCCUCGGCUUCCACCUACAUUUCCACUGGUUUGACUCGACACAGUUCUACGUUCCAGAGUUCCGACUGCUUUUCCCUCAGUUCACUGGUGUCCUCACUCUGGCCUUCUUCAUUCACAACUGCAUCAUCACAUUGAUGAAGAGCAACAAGCACCAAGAGAACAAUGUGCGGGACCUGUCCGUGGCUUAUCUUCUAGUUGGGCUGACGUAUCUGUAUGUGGGAGUGUUGAUCUUUGCUGCCUUCCCCUCACCGCCUCUCUCCAAAGACUGCAUCGAACCAAACUUCUUAGAUAACUUCCCCACCAGUGAUGUGAUGGUGUUUGUGGCUCGGACCUUCCUGCUGUUCCAGAUGAUCACAGUCUACCCCCUGCUGGGAUACUUGGUGCGGGUCCAGGUGAUGGGCCAGAUCUUCGGCAAUCAUUACCCCAGUUUCUUCCACGUUCUGGCUCUGAACAUCUUAAUAGUUGGAUCUGGUGUCCUGAUGGCCAAGUUUUAUCCAAAUAUUGGAUCCAUUAUAAGGUUUUCAGGAGCAACAUGUGGAUUGGCUUUAGUGUUUGUCUUUCCUUCCUUAGUCCACAUGAUCUCCAUGAGAAGGCAGGGGUUGCUCCGCUGGCCGUCAGCCAUCUUCCACAGUUUCCUAAUCCUGCUGGGCAUGGCCAACCUGCUGGCUCAGUUCUUCAUGUAGACAAGCAGUCAGACACCGGCACUCUUAAACAUUCAGAAGCAAGAUCUAAAGAUGUGAGACGCCGGAGAUUUCAGAUGGGUAUCUCUUGAGAUUGGAUGUAGAAUAAUGGAGUGCAUAACGGCCCAGUGCGUAUUAUCCAACUUAUGUCAUGAUCACCAAAACAAUGCCCAGAUAAACAUCAGCAGCCUCCAGCCAGUCUGAAUGUCUGUUUCUGUGGUAUGUAGAUCAAAUGCCACACACUUACUGUAGUAAGAGUUAUUGUUGUGAUUUGUAAACGUUAUGUUUCAGGGGAAUAGCAGAAUCCAAAGUCUUGGUUUGAUUUUUAUCAUUUUUAAAAAAAGUUUUACAUGCAACCCAGCCAGCGGUAUUUCUAUGAUAGAAAACCUUUUAUAGAUCAUUUCCGACAUGAUACUGUUGUUCCAACCUGCAGCUCUUUUGUUUGACUCGCACAGCUCUCAUAGCACAUAGCUGUUUCCGGAGUGCACAGAGUGUACACUGCCUGCGCAGCACCAACAGCAGACAGGAGUUGGUGGAGAAACGGAGCUAAAAGAGAGAAUAUUGGACUCAGUCAUCAGGUGAACGGAGACAUCGCUCCAAAUGUCGGCUGGAUGUGGAAAUAAGGAACUGUUUGCGAACAAGUUCAUCGUAUCAAAAGGUUCAUGUUGUUUUUGUAAAUGUGUUUGUUACUGCAGGUUUAAAUGUGUUACAAGGGAAGCUUUACAGCGGGACAUAAUGAUCAGAGUUGUGCUGUGCUGACACCAGGGAAUCAUGACUCACUUUGGGAAUGUGUCAGAUGUUUCUGUGUUUUGAGGACGGCCAUGUUGUGUGCAUAUUGUUUUGAAGAAACGUUUUGCACAAUCUUUUAAUUUUUAUGAGCAGUGUUGAUUCACAUGUCUACAUGAUGCCUAUUUUCUAGAUACUGCGUCUAAUGUGUUAUAUUUUUACUAAUGAUAGGAUAGACAAAGGGAAUAUGUACGUGAAAAUAAACCAUCAGUCUGUAAGAACUGUAGUUUCCUCUUCCUGCUCUUAAUUGUAUGAUCCUGAGGGAAACUGAUGUGCAAUAGUUGCAGUACAAAGUAGGAAAGAGUGCACAUAUGAAAUGUGAAUAAUAAUAAAAAUAAUAAUAAUAAAGGUGCAAUUGUGUGAUA